CUUUUUUUUUCCUCUCUCUCUCUUUAUUAUUGUAAAUAGUUAAUAGAAGGAAUCAAUAGAAUGAAAUUUUUUAAAACUGUACAUACAUUUGAUUAUGAAUGGAGUCUAGUGUCUGCUGCACAAUGGCAAAAAUAUCCUAACGAUCUUUGUCCUCAUGUUCAACAUGUUGAUGUUUUAAAUAGAACUGUAGAUCCUAAAACAGGCAUUCUUACAACAGAAAGACUUAUUACAGUCAAACAAAAUGUGCCUAAAUUUAUUUUAAAGAUUAUGGGUGCUAAUGAAACUCAGUUUGUUCGCGAAGUUUCAACUAUUGAUCCUAAAGCUAAAACAUUCAGAUUAACAAGUCAAAACCUUUCCUUACGUAAUAUCAUGAAGUGUAAUGAAGAAAUCUCAUAUACCGUCUCUCCCGAGGAUUCUGAAAAGACACAAUUUACUCAACAAGCCACUUUGACAGUUGGAAGCUUUCUUAAAAGAUGGGAAAAUGUGAUUGAAGAUUUCUCUCUCAAACGAUUUCAACAAAACGCUCAAUCUGGUCGAGAAGGCUUUUUAAAUGUAUUAGAAAAAUUCGUUGUGAUGGCUGAAGCUGCUAAACAAGAAAGGCCCAACUCGACAAGUUAAAAGAAAAAGAAAAAAUUUCAUAUGAUAAUUUACCCCGCCUUUUAUUUUUUUUUUUUUUUUUCAUUUUUUAUUUUUUCCAUCUCCACGAUUUGACUUAUUUAUUUUUAUUAUCAUUAUUUACUGUGUACCAUUUUCUGUUGUUGUGACUUGAUCAUUUCUUUCAACUUACGGAAUUUUAAAAUUUGUUUGCAUAGAGUUGUAGUUUUAUACUUUGUUAUAAAUCAAUAAUAAGGAACAUUACAUGUUUAUAAAAAAAAAAAAUAGCGUCUUUUCUCCCUUUUAA